AGGGCGUAAGUUGCAUUUGCAUAUUUAAGCAUCCUAACGAAUGUACAAAGUGUAUAUUACAGAAAAACUCUUUUUUAUUAUAACUGUCGAAUUUAUCUAUUUUGAGUAUUUAUAAUGCAAUAUAUAAAUAGGAUAGCGAGCAAGAGACGGUCCUCUCAUGCGAACGUUCCCACCCCUGUUCUCACUGCCGAAGACGAAGCAUUCCUGCAACAACUCACGUCACAGUCUCAACCUGGUGCUACGGCAGAGCCAGCUACACAAGACCCCGAGGUGACGACCCCGCGUGUCGGGAAAGAUGCGCAGAUUGCUCUCAUGGAUGGGGCGCAGGAUAUCCCGUUGCCGGCCUCGCCGGCGGAAGAGCUAGGGAAGGAGUUGGGCGAGGAAGGGCGCCAGGAGAGUCAACGGAGGGACUCGGGGCAUGCAGUCGUGCGCAAGGAGAGUACUGGGAAAAGACGGCCCUUUGGCUGGAUGAGGAUGAAAUCGGGGGGCAAACCUGCUACCGAGCCGACGGUAGUUGAACCCGUCUCGACGGCAGAGGAGGACGAAGCUCGCCGCGAGGCUGAGGACAUGACGGAUAUCCUGGAGCGGCUGAAUCUGGCGUCGGUGAACAACCGGGUGUUCUCGAUCAGCGACGAGACGCAGGAGCUGCUGCGCAAGUUCAAGUUGAUCUUCAAGGAUAUGGUUAACGGGGUGCCGACCGCGUACCACGAUCUCGAGAUGCUGCUGAGCAACGGCAACAGGCAGCUGCAGCAGACGUAUACACAACUGCCGACCUUUCUGCAAAAACUGAUCGAGAAACUACCGGAGAAAUGGACGGAGACGCUGGCGCCCGAGAUGCUAGCGGUUGCCAGCGAGCGGGCUGCAAGGAGCGGAAUCAACCUGGAGAACGUGGGUAAAGCCGCGGCGGCGGCGAACAAGAUGGGCAUUCAAGUCCCGACUCUGGAGGAAGUGGUUGCCAAACCGGCGGCGAUCACUGGGAUGCUUCGGUCCAUCGUGGCGUUUCUACGUGCGCGCUUUCCAGCCGUGAUGGGGAUGAAUGUCCUCUGGUCCUUGGCGUUGUUCAUUCUUCUUUUCGUCCUCUGGUACUGUCACAAACGAGGCCGCGAGGUCCGCCUGGAGAACGAACGGCUGGUGACACAGGACGAGAUGACGAAGCUGAACGAGGAGGCCGCUAUCUCGGGCAAUCAAAUCCGUGAGACCGAGACGCUGACAACGACAGCACCGCCAGGGGCGUCUGCCGAUGAGAUCCGCGACGGGGUGCAGGAAGUGCAGGCUGCACGGCAGGCCGCUGCGGCUGCAGGUCCCGCCGCGGCGAGGAAGACCGACAACGAGCAGACCGCCAGUGCGGCCGAUGGGUCGCCGUUAUCGCCACGUUCUCGGACCAGAUUCUCGAUUUGGGGGAAACCGGCCACCACGAAGCCUGUCGAGCCGACCAUUGCACCAUACCCGGGGACUUGACCGUAUGAGUUUGAUGUGUAAAAGUGAAGUGAAUAUGUCCAAUCAUAAUCCGGUCGAAAGAAAUAGAAUAGAUAUACGAGAUUCUAUUGAGCCUCGAUCUCCAUUCUUCUAAUUCACUACUAGUUGGUACCUACCUGACUCGAGCAAUUCAAGGACAACAAACAACGUCUGAACAACUGAGCCA